GAUAAGACUAGACCCUUUGGUGUAUAUUAGUCCCCUGAUCUGCCAUCUCUAUCUCUGCUGUCUCCUCCAACACCACAGUGGAUCCUGCACACACCAUGGCCGUCGACGAGAUCUCCGAGCAAUCAGUCGCAGACUCAACCUCCGUCGUCGAGAAGACGCACAAAAAAGUCACACUCCCGUACUACAAUGAAGAUUACAAGCCCUCGCGGGCGCUGUACCAUCUGAGCAAGAUGUGGGAUACUUUCGGCAAGGAGCCAAGCGAGCGCGCGCUGGUGGCUAAGCUUGACGUGUUUUUGUUCUUGUACGGUAUCUUGGCGUAUAUCGUCAAGAGUCUGGAUACGAGCAAUAUCAGCAAUGCCUACGUCAGUGGAAUGAAAGAAGACUUGAACGUCGUUGGUAACGAGUACAAUUACAUGUCGACCUCGUUCACGAUCGGAUACAUGGCCGGCGCGAUCCCCGCGCAGCUGAUCAUGAACCGCGUUCGUCCGUCGAUCUUCAUUCCCUGCUGUACCUUGACCUGGACUGCGUUCGUCAUGGCAAUGGCCGGCGCCAAGAGUCCUACUCUGAUCUACAUCUGCCGCGCGAUCAUUGGUGUUGCGGAAGGUGGUCUUUUCCCCAGUAUCUCCUGGCUGAUUGGAAGUUGGUACAUGCCCGACGAACUCGCAAAGCGCAUGGUCACUUUCGAACUCGCGAGUCAGAUGGCCGCCAUGUUUUCAGGCUACAUCCAAGCCGGUCUGUACUCUUCCAUGAACGGCGUCGGCGGUCUUGCGGGCUGGCGCUGGUUGUUUAUCUUUGACGGCGUGAUCUCGAUCCCGAUCGGUUUGUUUGGCAUCUUUGCGCUGCCUGAUUUCCCGCACAACACGCGCGCAAUGUAUUUGACGAAGCGGGAUCGCGAGAUUGCGCUGAUGCGCGUCGAAAACGCGGGCCGGAAGCCGCCAAAGAAAUUGGGCGUCAAGGGAUGGAUCGGUAUCUUCUCUUCCUGGAAGAUUUACGCGUUCAUCAUGGCGUUCAGUACCCCUGCGAUCAACGGUGCGACAGGUUACUUCAACCUGUGGCUCAAAUCGCUCGACAAGUACUCGGUGCAGAUGAUCAACAUCAUCCCGACCGGCGGCAACGCAAUCUCGAUCGUCUACGGCUUUGUGUUCUCCUGGGUCUCGGACUGGACGCGCAUCAGAUGGCCGCUGAUCCUGCUUUCGGUGAUUCCGCCGCUUGUGGGUUGCAUCAUGCUUUCGGUGUGGGACAUUGCGUUCGGAGCAAAGAUGGCGGCAUUCUUCUUGCUCUUUGCGAGUUCGGCGUCGCAGCCGCUUACGCUGGUGUGGGCGACCGAGUUGUUUCAGGAUAGUACUGAGAUGAGAGGCGCGCUUACUGCUGCCGCCGACACAUUUACAAACGCAAUCCUGGCAUGGCUGCCGGUGGUCGCAUAUCCCGCCGCGCACGCCCCAGAAUACAAGGGCUACGCGUCCUACAAGAUGUCUGCGGGCAUGAUUGGCGCGCAGAUCGUCGGCGUGCUCAACCUUGCCUUCUGGGCGCGCUGGGAGCAGCGACGCAAGGGUGUUAAGUUUAACGAGUUUGGACUUCCUAUCGUUGAGCGCGAUGAGGAGGAGGAGUAUAACGUUGAGGUCGAAGUCCUGGAGGGAAGCGGGAGUGAUGAGGUUGGGGAUUUGGAGAAGGGGAAGGAACAUAUUGUGCAUACGCGUGAGAUUUGAUGAUCAUGAUGAUGAAUUUAUGUCUUGAGUGUAGUAAAAAUUAUUGAUUUUGUAUCGUCUCUGUGCUAAUACAGAGAGAGAGUAGACCAA